CCUCUCCUCGCAACACCUAAAAGGAUUGUUCCUUUUUUUUUAUAAAAUAAUACCUUUCGAACGCAUAAAGAACGUAUGGCACCGAGAGACAAAACCGCCGCCGCCGCCGCCUCCAACGGCGGCGUUGCCGGUAACAAGGAGAUCCGUUACAGGGGCGUGAGGAAGCGGCCGUGGGGCCGGUAUGCCGCCGAGAUCCGCGAUCCCGGCAAGAAGAGCCGCGUCUGGCUCGGCACCUUCGACACCGCCGAGGAGGCGGCGCGCGCGUACGACGCGGCGGCGAGGGAGUUCCGCGGCAACAAGGCGAAGACCAACUUCCCCACCCCUUCCGAACUCGUCUCCGCCGUCGAUCACAGCCACGCCGCUAAUAACCACAACGUCGUUAACCAAAAUUACCUCAAGGCGGCGAACCGGAGCCCUAGCCAGAGCAGCACCGUCGAGUCCUCCAGCUACGCGCCGCCGCCGCUGUACACGGCCGUCCCCCUCCCUCCGCCGUCGCUCGAUCUCAACCUCGCCUAUCUCGGCGGCGGCGGCGGUUGCGGUGGAGGUGUCGGAUUCACCGGAUUUAUCCCGAUGGCGCGUCCGCUGUUCCUCUUUGACAAGCUCUCGCGCUCCGAGGCCUUGCACAACCACCUCAACAUGUACAGAUUCGAUCGGAAGGUGUCCGAUUUGCGCUUCCCCGUUGCCGGUGGUGUCCACAGCGACUCCGAUUCCUCAUCCGUCGUAGAUAACAACAAUAACAACACUCACGACUCUUGCUCUCCGUUGAGCAAACUCGUCGAUCUCGACCUUAACUAUCCUCCCCCGCCCGAGACGGCCUGAUGAUCCGUCGAUUUCCGCCUUUUUGUUCUUCGCCAAUAACUUGAUCCAUUAUCCGUUUUUGUUUUGUUUAUUUUCCGAAUUGUAACAAAAAAAAAAAAACGAAAAAUAGUUUUAGAGAGAGAGAGAGAGAGAAGGCAGCCUGACAGUUGAAUCGAUGUGCUGAUAUAAAUUUAGUGUAUAUAUAUGUAAAACCAGCAUCUCGUGAAUUUUCAUCAGGUGCUGGCUAUUUCUAUCGGCGUAGCUUAGAUCUACGUUUCUGUUUUGAUAAAAAGACCGUGAAACAAAAUCGGUUAAUAGUUUCUGCUCGUA